UUAGUUCAUUCAAUUACUUAAGUAACUACCUAAUUUCUACGGAGUAGUUGCUACUACCUUCCUACUCCUUGUGUCGCAACUUCCUUCUCUUUCCCCAAACUGCCAAACACCCCUUUAUAUAGCCCAUUCAUCACUUCACUCAAUUCAAUCAAAUAUUCUCUCUUCUCUCCACUCAUAGAUUCUUAAUUUAUUCUCACUACUUUUGAGUUCAAAAUUGUUAAAAGUACAUCUUUGUUACUUUCAAGAAAAAACCAACCAAGAAUGGCACUUGAAGCUUUAAACUCUCCAACUACCACAACCCCACCAUCAUUUCAAUUUACAACUCAAAGCUACCUUGAAUCUUGGACUAAAGGCAAGAGAUCAAAACGACCUCGUAGUAUCACGGAGCAACAUCCAAUAAAUGAAGAAGAAUACUUAGCUUUCUGUCUUCUCAUGCUAGCACGUAGCGGUAAUAAUAAUUUUACUAUUACUACAACCAAUAAUUCAACAACACCCAUUGUAUCAAAGAAUUUGUACGAGUGUUCAGUGUGUGGUAAGCCUUUUGGUUCUUAUCAAGCUUUAGGAGGACACAAAACUAGUCAUCGUAAACCACUCUUUAACGGAGAAGUCAACGAACACUCUGUUACAACCACGACUAGUGCCACGUCAGCUAACGGCGUUAGUGGAAAGAUUCACGAGUGUUCCAUUUGUCACAAGACUUUUCCAACUGGGCAAGCUUUGGGUGGUCACAAAAGGUGUCACUACGAGGGGAAGGUGACGUCAUCAGCGGGUGCAGUGGGGUCCACGAACAGCUGGCGUGGCUUUGACUUGAACAUUCCGGCCUUGCCGGAAUUUUGUCCGGGUUUUGGCUCGGGCGAAGAUGAGGCGGAAAGUCCUCAUCCAGCUAAGAAAUCGCGACAGUUUCUGCCAACUAAACUUGAAUUAUUCCAACAACAAUAGGACUUGAAGACUUGAACAAAGCUAUACAAUUUUGGUUGAGUUCAAAAGUAGUUAUUUGAUUGGUUGUUACAUGUCUUAAUUGGAAGGGCGGAUAAAAAUAUUAUUUUUUUGUAAAUAUCGAAUACACGUGGUGAAAGUGAUUGUUUGAUUAUUGAAUUGAUUUGAUUUUUUUUGUAAAAGAAAUUUCUAUCACUGUGAUUUUGUUCUCAAAGCAUGUUGUUAGAAGAUUAAUACUCCUGCUAU